CUGGGUGUAGGGGUUCCGGAAAUGUGACUGAGAAAUGAGAUGGAGAAGUACGAGCGGAUCCGAGUGGUGGGGAGAGGUGCUUUCGGGAUUGUGCACCUGUGCCUGCGCAAGGCUGACCAGAAGCUGGUGAUCAUCAAGCAGAUCCCAGUGGAGCAGAUGACCAAGGAAGAGCGGCAGGCAGCCCAAAAUGAGUGCCAGGUCCUCAAGCUACUCAAUCACCCCAACGUCAUUGAGUACUAUGAGAACUUCCUGGAGGACAAGGCCCUCAUGAUUGCCAUGGAAUACGCACCAGGUGGCACCCUGGCUGAGUUCAUCCAAAAACGCUGUAACUCCCUGCUGGAGGAGGAGACCAUCCUGCACUUCUUUGUGCAGAUCCUGCUCGCGCUCCAUCACGUGCACACCCAUCUCAUCCUGCACCGGGACCUUAAGACUCAAAACAUCCUUCUUGACAAACACCGCAUGGUUGUCAAGAUCGGGGACUUCGGCAUCUCCAAGAUCCUUAGCAGCAAGAGCAAGGCCUACACGGUGGUGGGCACUCCGUGCUACAUCUCCCCUGAACUGUGUGAGGGCAAGCCUUACAACCAGAAGAGUGACAUCUGGGCCCUGGGCUGUGUCCUCUAUGAACUGGCCAGUCUCAAGAGGGCUUUCGAAGCUGCGAACCUGCCAGCGCUGGUGCUGAAGAUCAUGAGCGGCACCUUUGCACCUAUCUCUGACCGGUACAGCCCUGAGCUGCGCCAGCUCGUCCUCAGUCUGCUCAGCCUGGAGCCCGCACAGCGGCCACCGCUCAGCCACAUCAUGGCACAGCCACUCUGCAUCCGCGCCCUCCUCAACCUCCACACCGACCUGGGGAGCAUCCGCAUGAGGAGGGCAGAGAAGUCCCUGGUCCCAGGGCCACCCAUGGUCCCCGGCAGCACAGGGAGCAGGACCACAGGCGCCCGCUGCAGGGGUAUACCCCGGGGACCCGCACGGCCGGCCAUUCCGCCACCGCUGUCGGCGGUCUACGCGUGGGGCGGUGGGCUCAGCGCCCCGCUGCGGCUGCCGAUGCUCAACACAGAGGUGGUCCAGGUGGCAGCUGGGCGCACGCAGAAGGCGGGCGUCACGCGCUCGGGGCGCCUUAUCCUCUGGGAGGCCCCGCCCCUAGGCGCCGGAGGGGGCGCGCUCCUGCCCGGGGCGGUGGAGCAGCCGCAGCCCCAGUUCGUCUCCCGUUUCCUGGAGGGCCAGUCGGGCGUGACUAUCAAACAUGUGGCCUGCGGGGACCUCUUCACGGCCUGCCUGACCGACCGAGGUAUCAUCAUGACCUUUGGCAGUGGCAGUAACGGGUGCCUAGGCCAUGGCAGCCUCAAUGACAUCAGCCAGCCCACCAUUGUGGAGGCGCUGCUGGGCUAUGAGAUGGUGCAGGUGGCCUGUGGGGCCUCUCACGUGCUGGCCCUGUCCACAGAGCGAGAACUAUUUGCGUGGGGCCGCGGAGAUGGUGGCCGGCUAGGACUGGGCACCAGGGAGUCCCACAGCUGUCCCCAGCAGGUAUCCAUACCCCCAGGACAGGAAGCCCAGCGGGUUGUAUGUGGCAUUGACUCCUCCAUGAUCCUCACCGUGCCUGGCCGAGCCCUGGCUUGUGGGAGUAACAGGUUCAACAAACUGGGCCUGGACCACUGCUCCCUGGGGGAGGAGCCUGCCCCCGACCAGCAGGUAGAGGAGGCCCUGAGCUUCACACUGCUAGGUUCCGCACCCCUGGACCAGGAGCCCUUGCUGAGUGUGGACCUGGGCACUGCUCAUUCAGCUGCUGUCACUGCCUCUGGUGACUGCUACACUUUUGGCAGCAAUCAGCAUGGGCAGUUGGGCACCAAUGCCCGCCGGGUCAGCCGGGCACCGUGUCAAGUCCGAGGCCUGCAGAACAUCAAGACAGCGAUGGUGGCCUGUGGGGAUGCCUUCACUGUAGCCAUUGGGGCAGAAGGCGAAGUGUACUCUUGGGGCAAAGGGGCCCGAGGUCGACUGGGAAGAAGGGAUGAGGAUGCUGGACUCCCUCGGCCAGUGCAGCUGGAUGAGACGCACCCUUACACAGUGACUUCUGUGUCCUGUUGCCAUGGAAACACUCUGCUGGCCGUUCGCCCGGUUACGGAUGAGCCAAUCCCACCCUGAGGCACCUAGAUACACCUCUGGACCUGGACCACCCUGCUGUUGCUUCUCCUCUGAACGUUCUUGAAAUGUGCGGAUGCCUGCAGCAAGACUGUCCCCACCAGCCCCUGGCUGGUCAUUAACCCGGUAGAAGAACUAGUGAAGCGCCCACUCUCCUUUGGCCCUGGAUAUGAAAACCUCAACCCACCCUGUUCCCCCAACAACUCUCUUUUCUCUCCCCACCCCUCUUCUCUUAAGUUGGUGUCCCCAGGGACCAGGCUGGCUAGACCUGGAAACCAGACCUAAGUUUGGGAAGCAGGGUGGUCUCCCGACUCUUGGCAGAAAAAAGCUGGAGGUGGCUGUGGCUCCAUCCAGAUCAUGCCCUUUCCCCCAGCUCAGUUAGAAAAGAAAUCGCUGGUGCCCCCUGCGAGAGCAGCUCUACUUUGGAGCAGGGCAAGCCCAGUCCUGCCUGGACUGGCCAUUCUGGCAGCCUAGCUUCUGCAUUGCCUGGGGCAGGGAGUCUUGCCACCUUACCCCCCACUCGGUAACCUGAGGCACAGAUUAGCACAAUUCUGAGCUCUUUCGUCCCCUGUGGACUGGAAAUGCAUCUGCCAAGGGUACCAAAGUGUCUACUGCGGAGCUAAUCCCUGCUGAAGGUUGCCUCUCACCCCACACCCCAGCCUUUCCCCCAAAGCAGGUUGGGAGAAAGGUUGCUGGCUGGGCCAGACCAGUUUUCCAGAUGACUGGGAAAUAGCGCCAAUAAAAACAUCAGCUGCCUGCCUAGAA